AUGGACGAGGAGGAUGUUGGUGCCAAUCUCAAGGCGAAGCUUCAGCCAAGACGACCUGGAGAGACCAUCAAGGUCGCCCAGACUGUGCUGAAGCGCCGGGACCGGAACCUGAAGGCCCAGGCGAAAAGGGCCGAAGAGAUCAAGAGGCGGAAGGAAAAUGAGCGAAAGUACGUCAGAGGCAAAGUUCGGAUCCUCAAAGCGGAGCAGCUGCUCAAGAACUCGCUGAACAGGAUCAAAGACCAGAAGAGGCUCAAGUAUGUGAAGAACAAAUCCCAGGCAAAGACUGCAAAGCCUGUUAGCAAGGGCCGCGUGCUGGCGGUGUGCCGCAACGGCCGCAAGAGCCCCAGCGCCGAGGUGAAGAAGCUACUCCACCACAUGCGGCUGCGAACUAGGCAUACCAUGACCUUCCUGCCGAACAAUGAGGACACCGCCAAGAAGCUGCAGACGGUGAGGGCCUACGUCUUCUGGGGCGUGCCGUCCUUCAAGUCUGUGUUCACCGUCGUGCAUAAGAAGGCUGUUUUCUUUGACAGGGAGGCGCAGACGAAGGUGGCGCUGAGUGACAACAUGCUGGUCGAGAAGCACCUGGCAGACCUGGGUGUGAUUUGCACGGAGGACUUAGCGCAUGUGAUCCAUACCGGCGCCGACAGCUUCGACGAGGUCAUGAAGCGAUUAGUUCCGGUGGAGAUCGGCAAUGCCAAGAAGGCAGUGCGCACCUUGCCGGCCAUCGAUUGA